AUGGCAGACCAAGCAAAGUCGCUAGUUUCCCAGAAGUCCUCGGAUUCGGGCCUCCACAUCCAACUCCAUCCUCUCAUCCUCCUCUCGAUCUCCGAUCACAUCACUCGGCACGCCGCACGACAGCAGCAGGGACCUAUCAUCGGAGCGCUAUUGGGCCAGCAGGAUGGCCGCGAGAUUACCUUGGAGCAUACAUUUGAGUGCUUAGUUGCUCCUGGUGAAAAUGGAGAAGCUCAGCUGCCGCAUGACUGGUUCGUUGAGCGCGUGAAGCAGCUAAAGGAUGUCCAUAAAGUCCCAGCCCUCGACCUCGUUGGAUGGUGGUCAACCGCACCACCUUCAGGCCCCAACACCUCCCACCUCCCGAUCCAUCGCCAAAUCCUCCAGAACUACAAUGAAUCCGCCGUGUUCCUUACGUUCCAUCCUUCGCAGAUCCAAAUAGGAGCAUCGAACGGAUCUAAGCUUCCGUUGACAGUCUAUGAAAGUGUCUAUGAGGGGGACAAUGCUGCGGGGGGCGAUAAGGCCAUGCAGGUGGAUAAUGAGGAGCAGUCGCUGAGCAUCCGAUUCCGGGAGCUGCCGUAUUCUAUUGAAACGGGCGAAGCGGAGAUGAUUGGCGUUGAUACUGUUGCUAGAAGUGCGAGGAAUGCGGCAUCAGACACCGGUGCAGCGUCGCAGCAGGAGACGCAAACCAAGGGAAAGAAAGAGCAGAAAGAUGUGAUGCUUUCGCCGGAAGAGGAAGAACUGGUCGCCAGCCUCAACACCCGCCUAAACGCCGUCCGAACCCUUGAAUCCAGAGUCUCAUUAAUAAAAUCCUACAUCUCCACUCUAUCCACCGCCGAAGAAACCCCGAACCAAGACCAAGAAGCACCCAAGCCCUCCUCCGAGCUCCUCUCCCACCCUCACCUCCGCAACAUCAGCUCCCUCCUCUCGAACCUCUCCCUCCUAACCCCUCCCGAACAAAGCGCCUUCUCCGCAGAAACCCUCGCGCAAACCAACGACGUCCUCCUAGUCUCCCUUCUCGGACAACUGGGUCAGAGCGUCAAGGACAUGCGCGAACUGGGCCGAAAGGCGGCUAUCGUGAAUAAUGUGAGACAGAGCAUGGGCAUGGCGUCGCGCAAGGGUGGGAAGGCGGCUCGGUUGGAGAGCGAGUUUUUUGGUGGUAGGGAGGAGCCGUCUGGGAUGUUUGCCUAG